CCUCGUCCUCCUUUCGUCUCGAGUUUCUCUCAUUCUCCUUCUUCUCCUCCCUUUGAAUCUGCCUCAUAUCAUCAAAUCUUCGCCGAGGCUAAAUUCUUCGUCCACAUUUUCGUUGAAUUUCUCCGUCGAAUUCGAAUAUUUUCAUCUCCCGGUUUUCCGGGGAGGAGCUAAACGGAACAGAUCGGUUCCCGAACCGGUUGUUGAUCUCCGAUAUGAAGCGCGUCUAGGGUUUGAUCGAGUUCUACUGAUCUUAUUUCACGGAGGAGGAACCGGAAAUCCGAUGGAUUCGUCGAUUCUAAUGGCGUUGGUGAAUGGCAUGGUUGUUUGGCGUAGGAGACAUAUGGAGGCGACGAGAAGCUGAUAGAAAAAGAGAGAGGGAAAAUAUAAAUUAGGGUUUCGAGAUUGGGGAAUUUUUGGAUGGGAAACACAUGCGUCGGUCCGAAUCUGAACGCUAAUGGAUUUCUGCAAUCUGUUAGUAACGCCGUUUGGCGGAAUCGGCAGCAGCCGGAGGGGAGUUUACCACCGAACAACAAGGACGAUCAUAGUAGCCGGAAACCGAGCGACAAGAGCGUGAAUUGCGAGGAUCGUCAACCUGCAUGCAGCGGCUCCGCCGUAGCCCCGGCUCCGAUUCCAACUCCAACUCCGGAGUCUGUACAGAGCACGCCGCCGGAGCCCGUGAAGAUGUCCAAUGGAGUGAACAAAAGUGAGGAAGGAAGCAAGACGGCAGAAAACAGCGACGCGGACGCGAAACAGAAGAAAGAGGUUCAGAUGAAGCGAAUGGCGAGUGCUGGUUUACAAGUCGACUCGGUUUUGGGGAGGAAGACAGAGAAUCUGAAGGACAUUUACAGCGUCGGGAGGAAAUUAGGGCAAGGGCAAUUCGGAACAACGUUUCUAUGCCUGGAGAAGAAAACAGGGAAAGAAUUCGCCUGCAAAACGAUUGCAAAGAGGAAAUUAACCACACAGGAGGAUGUAGAAGACGUAAGACGAGAGAUUCAGAUAAUGCAUCACUUAUCUGGUCAUCCGAAUGUGAUUCAGAUCGUUGGUGCGUAUGAAGAUGCUGUUGCAGUUCAUGUCGUGAUGGAUCUCUGUGCAGGUGGAGAGCUCUUCGAUAGGAUUAUACAGAGAGGGCAUUACACUGAGAGGAAAGCUGCUGAACUUGCUAGGAUUAUAGUCGGUGUUAUUGAAACCUGCCAUUCCCUCGGUGUGAUGCACAGAGAUCUAAAGCCCGAGAAUUUCUUGUUUGUCAAUGGCGAUGAAGAGGCCUCACUCAAGACUAUAGAUUUUGGUCUCUCGGUAUUCUUCAAACCAGGAGAAACAUUCACUGAUGUAGUUGGGAGCCCUUACUAUGUGGCUCCUGAAGUGUUACGGAAGCAUUAUAGCCAUGAAUGCGAUGUUUGGAGUGCAGGAGUUAUCGUUUAUAUUUUGCUGAGUGGAGUUCCUCCAUUCUGGGAUGAAACGGAGCAAGGAAUCUUCGAGCAGGUUUUGAAGGGCGAGCUUGACUUUAUAUCAGAGCCAUGGCCUAAUGUAUCAGAGAGCGCAAAAGAUUUGGUGCGAAGGAUGCUGAUCAGAGAUCCUAAGAAGAGAAUGACAGCUCAUGAAGUUCUCUGUCAUCCUUGGAUCCGAGAGGACGGUGUGGCUCCUGAUAAACCUCUUGAUUCUGCAGUCUUAAGUCGUUUGAACCAGUUUUCAGCCAUGAACAAGCUCAAGAAAAUUGCUAUCAAGGUCAUUGCUGAGAGCCUCUCGGAGGAAGAAAUAGCGGGAUUGAAGGAGAUGUUUAAGAUGAUAGAUGCAGACAAUAGCGGGCAAAUCACUCUCGAAGAACUGAAGAAUGGCCUUGAGAGAGUGGGUGCCAACCUUAAAGAUUCCGAAAUCAUAGGUUUAAUGGAAUCAGCGGAUAUGGACAACAGUGGAACAAUAGACUACGGGGAAUUCAUAGCAGCAAUGGUGAAUCUAAACAAGAUCCAGAAAGAAGACCACUUGUUCACAGCCUUCUCAUACUUUGACAAGGACGGUAGCGGCUACAUCACCCGGGACGAGCUCCAACAGGCAUGCGAGCAGUUCGGCUUAGCAGAUUUCCAUUUAGAUGACAUCUUGCGUGAAGUCGACAAAGACAAUGAUGGACGAAUAGAUUACAGCGAGUUCGUGGACAUGAUGCAAGACACUGGAUUUGGUAAAAUGGCUAUGAGAAUGACAUGAAAAGGCCAUCCAAUCUCGGUUUUGAACGUCAGUACAUCUGGAAAUUGCUCGUCGUAUACACGGUUGAUAGCUUAAAUUGUAUGCUAAUAUUGGUAUUUUACUCGUUUCAUCGAUCAUUUUCUUCCCUUUUUUUCUUUCGGUUUUCGAACAUUAAGCUCCUAUCUCUGUGAAAAUCGGCAUAGUUUCUUGCGCAGGUUUCUUCAGUAGUUUUCGGCUUCCUUUUGUGUUCAGCUUCCAAUUUGUAUUGACUGGCCCCCCUUUUGUUUUAGGAAAUGGAUCAUAGAGUUCUCAUUUA